AUGUUCGAACAAAGGCAGAUCAGGAUCGACGGGGGGCAUAGGGAGGAAGUGUUGGUGAGAGGAGGACAGUGGUACUCAACGAUUGGACGACGCUGGGGUGCAAUUGAAAUGAGCGCUGCGCCCAUUGCUGGUACCAUUGUUGUUGUUGUUGUUGGGGGAGUGGGUUGCCGCCAUUGGGGACCGCUUGCCAAUACCUGCCGAAUGAUGCUGUAGGUGAUGAUUGUGAUAUCCUCCGGAAGAAUGGUGGUGCUGUUGUUGGUUGUGCAAAUUGGUAGUAGUUACCAUGACCCGAGGGUCCAGCUGUGUCACCCUUAAAAUUGCGUCUUCUAACUCGGCAUCAUUCUCUGAAGGAACAGCGACGAAUGACUCCGGAUUAAUAUAUCUUUCUGAAUAGGUCUUUGUAGUCACGACCUGAGUUCGUUUUGUAGUUCGUUUGAUAAGUUUUCCAUUUUCGUCUUCUAUGAACUCCGAUUCAAUCUUGGGUUCGGAUCGUUGGACGGUUACUGUCUCUCCAACUCCCCCAUUUAAGGGAAUAACAGGAGUAUGCUGAAGACGUCCUGAAUUCAGUUGAAUUCCAUCAAUAGCUUCCGCGAGUUCUGCAGCGGUAGAUUGAUUAUUUCCAUUAGUGCCAUGGUAGCCAUUGGAGCGUUUAGUUGGCGACGAAAGAGUAACUGGAGCCAAGCCAGGCAUUACAGGUACCGCACCAGCUAA